GUUUUAAAUUAGUAUAUAAAUGAAUGUUGUUUGUUUAGUCUAUUAAGCAUUAGGUUUUAUAACUCAUGUUUUAAGUUAUAAAUCAUGAUUAACAAAUUUAAUUUAUUAGUUAGUUUUGUGUGUUUAGUUGUUUGCAUUCAAUAUGCAAAUAGUAUUGAUGUGAACACGACAUCAGGUGUAGUGAGAGGUCUCACUAUAGAUGUGUUGAACACAAGUGUUGACCAGUUUUUGGGUAUACCUUAUGCCGAACCCCCAGUCGGUGCGCUUAGGUUUGCUAAACCAGUGCCAAUCAAAACACCUAAAAAGAAUGUAAUCGAUGGGACAAUAUUGGGGAACUCCUGUAUGCAAAUAGAGGACCCUGAUGCUAAAAAACUGCUACCAAACUUAACGUAUAGUGAGGAUUGUUUGGUAUUAAAUGUAUGGACACCUAAUGCGGUGAACAAAAGCCUGUCGUCAUCUGAAGCACCGGCACUAAGACCAGUGAUGUUUUACAUUCAUGGGGGCGGGCUAUCAUCGGGAACAAUAUUUCUCAUGACUGCAUAUAACGGCAGUGUUUUGGCCACACAUGAUGUGGUGAUUGUAUCGACAAAUUACAGAUUAGGACCGUUUGGCUACUUAUAUGCUGGGGUGGAGUCGGCUCCGGGAAAUGUAGGCUUUUUCGACCAGUUAUUGGCUCUUAAAUGGGUGAGAGAAAACAUUCAUUUGUUUGGCGGGGAUAGGGAUCAGAUCACUAUAUUUGGUGAGAGCGCCGGCAGUUGGUCCGUAUCGGUGCAGAUUUUCUCACCCCUAACAAAGGGCUUAUAUAAGAGGGCUAUUAUGCAAAGCGGUGCUCAUAUGUACAACAAGGACAGGGAUGUGAUCAGUCAAUCAGAGGCUGUACUGCAGGCCAAACAAAUGGCAGUACAACUGAAUUGCACUGAUUCUGGCCAAUGGUUGCAAUGUUUGAGAGGUGUCGACGCCGAGGAGGUCCUAAUGUAUGAGUUAGCCCUCACUUUCCCGGUGUUGGGCACUGAAUAUCUGCCACUUUCCGCGCAAAAGGCAUUUCUAGACAACAAAUUCAACUCAGACAUUGACUUAAUGGCAGGUGUUAUCCAAAACGAGGGGUCGUCCCUCUCGAGUGUAAUCGAGAAACACAUCGAGAAUAUGACUGUCAAUGGGUUUAAGGAG